UUUCUUUUUUCUCGACUCCUCAAAACUCACCGGAAAAAAUUGGACAAAACCGCCGCUCCUGCGAACGACGCCGUUUUCCUUGUAUACUCCAGCUAUCUUCAUCGCAGAGAAACAAUCCAAAACGCCGUCGUUCAAGAAAGGGAGGAAAAAAGGACGACGCCGUUUGGCGCCUCGUCGACUGGUCCAUCUAUCACAGCUUUUUACUACUACUACUUCUACUACCACCACCACCACCAGUUCCCCUGAAGAAAACUUUCAGCCCAGCGACGUCGUUUCCACUCGGGGCCGUCGAACGACCUCGUUUAAUCUGCCCAGGCCAAAGAACGCGGUCGUUUGUCCUUCUCUGAAACUACCGCCGUCCUAGAACUCUCCAGUCCGCUCCCGCCGUUUUCUUCAAUUUGAAACUCUUCCGAAAACGGCGUCGUAGGGGAGCCAUGGUCAGAAACUAGAAGCUAAAUAUAAGAUAACAAAAAGAUUGGGGAGGAUGGGGUCGAUGGGAAAGGUGUUGGGGGUGGGAUUGGUGGUGGGUUGUGCGGUGGCGAUGUGCGUGGUGGCUGGGACGAUGGUCGGAAAGCGAGUAAAGAGCCGGAGGCGAUGGAGGAAGGUCGUGAAAAUUCUAGAAGAAUUCGAAGAAGGCUGCGCCACCCCCGUCGAGAAGCUCCGGCAAGUCGUCGACGCUAUGGCCGUUGAGAUGCACGCCGGACUCGCCUCCGAAGGCGGUAGCAAGCUCAAGAUGCUCCUCACUUUCGUCCAAAAUCUCCCCAAUGGGAGCGAGAGAGGCGUGUACUAUGGUCUGGAUCUUGGUGGUACAAAUUUUAGAGUGUUGCGCGUCCAGCUAGGAGGUCAAAGAUCUGCUAUUCUUGAACCUGGUGUUGAACGACAACCUAUUCCUGAACAUUUAAUGACUAGCACAAGCGAGGUGGCCAAGUUUGAGCUCUUUGAUUUUAUUGCUGCAUCUCUACAGAAAUUUGUUGAGAAAGAAGGAAAUGGUUCUGUGGCUUUGGAAGGCAAAUUAAGGGAACUUGGCUUCACAUUUUCGUUUCCUGUGAAACAGACAUCUGUUUCGUCAGGCAUUUUGAUUAAAUGGACAAAAGGGUUCUCUAUUCAUGACACGGUUGGGAAAGAUGUCUCUGAAUGUCUAAAUCAGGCGCUAGAAAGACGAGGCCUUGAUAUGAGGGUAGCUGUACUAAUUAAUGAUACAGUGGGAACAUUGGCCCUAGGGCAUUAUCAUGAUGAAGACACAGUGGCUGCAGUAAUUAUUGGUACAGGUACCAAUGCUUGUUACCUGGAGCGAUCGGAUGACAUUAUUAAAUGUCAAGGCCUUCUUACAACUUCAGGAGCAAUGGUAGUCAACAUGGAAUGGGGAAAUUUUUGGUCAUCUCACUUGCCUAGAACUUCAUAUGACAUUGAGUUGGAUAGUGAGAGCCCAAACCCAAAUGAUCAGGGAUUUGAGAAAAUGAUAUCAGGAAUGUAUCUUGGAGACAUUGUACGACGAGUUAUUCUUAAGAUGUCUCAGGAGUCGGAUGUUUUUGGAUUAUCAUUUUCGAAGUUGUCGACACCCUUUAUCUUGAGGUCACCCUUGAUUGCUGCUAUGCAUGAGGAUGAUUCCCCUGAUCUGAGGGAGGUAGCCCGAAUUUUAGGAGAGAUUCUAGAGAUCGGUGAUGUCCCUCUGAAAGUACGGAAGCUUGUUGUGAAGGUAUGUGACGUUGUCACUCGUAGAGCUGCUAGGUUGGCAGCUGCUGGUAUUGUUGGAAUAUUGAAGAAAAUGGGUCGGGAUGGAAGUGGCGGCAUUGCGAGUGGGGAAGUUAGGGGUGGAAGCCACAGUAAGAUGAGAAGAACGGUCGUGGCAAUUGAGGGGGCUUUAUAUACAAGUUAUACUCUAUUUAGAGAGUACUUGAACGAUGCCAUCGCAGACAUUUUAGGGGAAGAUAUUUCCUCUCAUGUUGUUCUCAAGGUCAUGGAAGAUGGCUCAGGAAUGGGGGCUGCCGUUCUUGCAGCCGCUUAUUCAUCCUCUGGUCAAGAUACCUUGUAGCUGCUAUGAAUAUAUAGUUGCCACAUACAUAGAUAUAUAUAUAGCUCCUGUAAAUUUUAGGACAUAGUUAACUCAUUCUAGGAGUGAUAGUAAAGGCUAGGCUGUGUAUAUGUCUCAAUUAGUAGACAGUUUAUCACAUAGCUUACCAUUUCAUUAAUUGGAUUUGAGAAUGUUCCAUUCA